AUGGAUUUUCGGUUUAAUUUUUCCAUCGAUGAAAAUGAGAACAGUGAAGCAGAUGAUCACUUCUUACUGCUUACUCCAGCACAAAAGCAGGAAUCCAUGGAAGAGAGCAGGAAAACUACUGAUGAUGUAGCAGCCUCCAGCCCAAGGCCAGGGCCUGAUAAGCACCAAGAUGAGGCACCACCAAAGACAAAGCUGUGUGUGAAAGCUGCCAAGGAGCACAAUAUACCCAAAGAUCUCGACAAAGUAUUGGAAAAUAAAGUCAUGGAAACAGUAUCAGACCUGUAUUAUGUAAACAUGUCUGUAGUGGAAAUGACAUGUUCAGGUGAUGCUGACAGCGAAGGCAUCGUGUCCAAAAGUGUUUCUUCUCACUCUGAUCUCAUCCCAGGAGUCUAUGAGGGAGGACUGAAAAUCUGGGAAUGCACCUUUGAUCUCAUGGACUACUUCUCCGAGGCUGAAAUACAGUUUACCAAGAAGACUGUACUGGAUCUUGGCUGUGGGGCUGGACUGCUGGGAAUAGCAGCUUUAAGGGGUAAAGCUGAAAGAGUCCAUUUCCAGGACUACAACAGCACAGUGAUUGAGGAAAUAACCCUGCCUAAUGUGGUGGCCAACUGUGUAAGGGAAGGCAGUGGAAAGGACAGAGAAGCCAGCAAGCCUCCUCCAAAGAGGCCCAAGAAAGCAGAGUGCUCACCUGACAUGCUCACCAAAUGCAGGUUUUUCUCUGGAGGGUGGUCUGAAGUCAGCCAGUUCCUGUUGGGCAGCAACAAACCCUUUUCAAAGUAUGAUAUCAUUCUCACCUCUGAGACCAUCUAUAAUCCUGACUACUACAGUGCUUUGCAUGACACGCUGGCUCAGCUCUUGGAUAAAAAUGGCCAUGUGUACUUGGCAAGCAAAGUACACUAUUUUGGGGUUGGUGGUGGUAUUUACCUCUUUGAGAAAUUCAUUGAGGAGAGAAAUGUGUUUAGAAUCAGUGUAGUUAAAACAAUCGACCAGGGGCUGCAGCGAUGCAUUAUGGAAAUGACCUUUAAAGAUUCCCUUUAAAA